CUUUCUUUCUUUCUUUUGUGUCAUUAAGCCAGUGCAACAUCCGUUUUAACGCAUCGCGGUCCUCGAGUUUGUCGCUCAUUAUAUGGUUUUGGGUUAAUGUUUACAGCGGUGAAGGAAAUAACGGGCUUCGCCGCGCUGGCUCCCUUUUCCCGCUACACCCUUGGCAAACACACACACACAGUGUACCUUUCACCUCACUUUUCGAUAUCUGUUGAACAAACCUGCAACACAUGCAUUGUUGUAUAUUUAUCCACGUUGCCUACCCAUUUUUAUGACCCGUGUUUAAACCCAAUCAUUAACCGUUGUUCAGUUGCCCCAGUGUGACGCCAAGAAACGUGCCAUUAUUAUGAAAAGAAACAGGCUUAAAAACUGAGCCAUUUAAGAUAAAUAAUUUAUGUAUUAGUAAACCAAAUGUAUAUGUUGGCCUAGCUUAUAUAUAAAUUAGUAAAUGAUAGUGCUUUAUGUUAAGUAUAUUUUAGAAUACAUUUCACUCAAAUCAACCAUAUUUUAUGCUAAAAUUGUUUGUGGUCUAUUUUGAAAAUAAUGUCCGUGUGUUUUUUGUUGCUCAUCCUUCUGUUAUUGUCUGUGGUGAUAGCUGCAAACACAAGCACAGUGGUUGACUGUGAAGGGGUUGACAAACCGCAGAGCAAAGCAAAAAAGAAGGAAUCACUGCUACUUUUUUAUUUGACUUUUUGCUUAUGUGAAAAGUUAAAGAAAAAAAUUAAAGAAAAAGUCUUACCCAAUUUACCUUCAAAUUCUUCCUGAAAUGAAACAGAGUGUGAUCUUUUUAAGUAAAGUGAAUGAGUCUAAAUUUGGACGAUAUGGUGGUUGUGACUGCUACUAGAUUGUUGCAUGUUACCGUUAGCUAAAGCACACAUCAGAUAUUUGCAUUUUAAUUUGCAACCCAGUAGAUUGUGCCACACCAGAAUCAACAGUUUCUUUGUUCAGACUACUGCUGUAACUGUUAAUGACCAUAUGAAAUUUAAAAAUAAGGUGCCAUGCAACUAAGUGUUUUUGCUUAUGACUGAAUGAUGUCUUCAAAAGACACAGAAUGGGACCGAGGAACCAGUUAUAAACAUGAUAGUUUACCAGCAAACAUUUGCAGAUUAUCCAUCUGAUGUAUUGUGUUGCAUGGAGGUUUGUAUAAAGGGAGCUCAAGCCUGUGCCUCUAGCCCAGCUGGUCCAACUGGUAAAGCAGUAACAGGAGUGGCUUGACUUCAACCCAGCACAAUACACUCAUGCACACUAGCCACCCACCCACUCACACUUACAUUCUCACACACCUGGCCCAGAGGCACAACUGUCCCCCUUUGCCUCAAGAGGCACAUACACACCCAGUUUCUGAUUGUCUUGCGAUCACAUCUUUCAUCUUAAAAUACCUAGGAUGUAAUCCAUACUUGUUUAAAAAAGAAGAAAUGUUUUUUUAAACAGCGAAACUGGAUUUUUUUAAAGGCUACCUGUUCUUGUUGAAAUGGCUUCAUGCGGCUUAUCCUCAAUGUCUCCCCUUACUCUCCAAGAGGAGACGGAAGCCAGUCCGGCAGAGGUGGCCCUCUGCCUGUCCAUGCGCAAGGAGCACAGCAUGUAUACAAACAGCAAGAUGUUCACACAUGACCCCUGUGCAGUGGUUCCUGCAGCUGAGCUCCCAUCCUCCACUGUUCUAGGUUCAGAGACAGAACACAUUCGAAGCUCACACAACAAUACAUAUGUCCGCACUAAAAUAAAGGUGACCACAGGUGAGCUUCCCAUAGAGGCCCCACCCUCUGUUCCUGCUAUAACAACAGGUCCACCUGUUUCUAUAGUAACACCUUGCCCCCUGUCUGUCACUAAGUUAUCUUCAGUGCAUGCGGGUGGUGCCACCUAUGUUUGCCAGGUGUGUCAAAAAGUUUUUCAAUUCCAGCGCAUGCUAAAUAGACACCUGAAAUGUCACAGCGAGCAGAAGAGACACUUGUGUAAUUUCUGUGGAAAGGGCUUCAAUGACACCUUCGAUCUCAAGAGACAUGUCCGCACACACACAGGUGUUCGUCCAUAUAAGUGUAAUCUGUGUGAGAAGGCCUUUACCCAGCGCUGCUCUUUGGAGUCCCACAUGAAAAAGAUUCAUGGUGUCACACAGCAGUACGCGUACAAGGAGCGUCGCAACAAGCUGUAUGUUUGUGAAGAAUGCGGCCAUACCGUGCCUACCCAAGAUGCUCUGCUGCGCCACCUUCACAAUGCACAUCCAAACAGUACUCUAUUGCGGGGCAAGGGGGCGCGGAGAAAUUUGGCAGCAGUGAACACUAGCAAAGAAGAGGUGUCUGAACCCAGUUCCCCUCUUUCCUUUAACAGUGAUGAUAAUGUAAGCUCAGGAGGGCAAUAAAGAAAAGGAUGAUAAAACAGGAAUACUUUUUUUACACAUUCUGAUUUAUUGUUUCAUUCAGAGCACAGACGUGAGAGAGGGUGGAAUGAAGUCAUCAAAAUGGGUAUUUUUUAGCUGUUAUGUGUUUGACUGUUUUUAUAACAGUAAACUAAGAUUAGGUUUACAUUUUUGCCUGUGAAAAUACAAAAUGUCUACUGCUUAGUAUGCACUACUUAUACAGUUUACAUAUUAUUAUUAUUAUUUUAUUAAAACGUGUAAUAUUAAACACCACUCAGGAGAGACACAAAUUAAUGUGACAUGAAAUAAAUAUAUGUGUAGCAGCUUUUCAACACUAAAAAAAUAAUACUAUAUGAACUCUGCAGGGGCUGAAAAUGAAAUUUCAGAGAUGUUUUGUGGUCUCUAGGGGAUUUCUUAAAGGGGAUUACAUGUUUUGUUGAUAAUUACUGUGGUCUGUAAUAUAUUCUUGCACACAUUAAAAACAUUUUAAAUUAA